AUGCAUGGGUCGCUGAGAUUGGCUAUUGCUACAGACGAGUUACGAAUUUCCAGCGUUUGGUCUGAUUUGGUGAAUCCGCCGCUGGAUCCAGCGCAGAUGACUCAGGAACAGAUUGAACAGCUGCCGAGUGAGCGGAACCGGAUGCGGCGGGCUGCAGAUGGGGAUGAGUCGGGGUGGGCGAAGGUGCGGAUUGAUGGGAAGGAUUGGAGCCGGGUGCUCAGUAUCGGAAGGCUGAGUCCAAGAGUGGUUGCUUGCUUUGUCAAUGACACGGCGCUCGUGCUAUAUGUUUAUUUGCCGGGGAGUUGGAAUGGAGAAGAGUCAUGUCUAACGGUGAGUUUCCAUUAUCGAAUCGAUAUAUCUGACCAUCAGGCCCUCUAA